UCGCCGCUAUUCUUAUCAGCUUCGAUCGGCACUCGGAAUGGCAAAGCAAGGAGGUCAAGAUCAGACCGAAAAGUGGUUCCAUGUUACUAUACAGCCGAAAGAAAGUGCGGUAUCGUAGAGAUGGUUAUUGUUGGAAGAAAAGAAAAGAUGGAAAAACAACUAGGGAAGACCAUAUGAAGCUGAAAGUUCAAGGAACCGAGUGCAUCUAUGGCUGCUACGUACAUUCUGCUAUCCUACCAACGUUUCAUCGUAGAUGCUAUUGGUUGCUUCAGAACCCCGACAUAGUGUUGGUCCACUACCUGAACGUUCCUUACCCAGACGAUAACAAGCUGGCCGUCAUAACCCCAAGUCUGGCCCUUUGGGCAGACAAAAAAGAGUGGACGAAAGAGGAGCUCGUUUCCCAGUUGAAGCCAAUGUUUUUUAGUGAAGAUGAACCGGAUAUCAACAACGAAUUAGAAAUAUCGAAUUUCAAAUUACAGACUGCCGAAACGGUAGAGGCCAUAGUGAGUCAAUUAAUGGAAAAGCAGCGGGUAGCCCGACAAGCAGCUCUAGUCAAACAACUGGAAUGUGGGUGUCCAGAUUCUACGUGCGCCGACGGAAAAAGUUGCUCACAUCCGAUGAGGAGGAUCACAGCCGCCAAGGAGGUGGCCAACUCGCCGUUGCCGAGUGCCAGCUCGAACUCGCGACUACCCAACAAUCCAGAUAAUAAUAAUCAGGUUUCUUCCACUACCGGCACCGGCUCGUUGCUGUUGGGAAACGGAAACUCGCCUAGGGUCUACUCUAGAGAUACAAGGAAUCAGCACGUUAAGGCUGUCCAGAACAACACAAACUGUUCGUCGAGUUCAGGAAAUACACCGCCCUUAGUUCUAAGCCUCUCCCAAAUCCAGGGCGGCGGAGGAUUACUGAUUCUCAACAGUAACUCCGGCAACAACAGUAAUAACCACCAGAAUCUAGUCAAUCCAGUGUCAGUAGCAAAUUUCGUUUGUAAUACAAAUCGUGUGAUUCCAAAAGAACGAACUAGUCAUUUGGUACUUAAGCAAGAAGUCAUGGACACGAAUCCGUCUUCAUGUUUGCAUUCAUCCAAGCAGAAAGUUGGUCAAAGGGAGAUGAAGAUGGAAUUGGGCGAAAACCACAGACAAUCAAUUUUUCAUGAUGGAAAUAUAUAUAAUAAUAGAAAUCAUCAUCAACAAAACGAAGUCAUUAUGUCCAGCGCUCCGUCGACACCUUCGAAACACAUGGAUACCACUCAGGAAGAAGUAGUAGAAGACUACAAGCAUCAGAAUUUCUGUAACGAAACAGUAGUACUUUUAGGAACGGAUUCCAGUGGUUCCCUAGUUAGUAAAAGUGAUGGUUCUUCCAUUAUUAACGGAGGGUUCUUUAAUGAAACUUUGGAUCUGUCACAGGAGGACAUUCAAAGGACCUUAUCGGCCAACAUGCCAUUGUGUUCAACUGAACUUAAUAAUCAAAAUCGCACCACUGAAACGAACACCAAUAAUCAUCAGAACAAGUCGCAGCCUCAACAGCAACAAUUAACUAACGAAAUUAAUCCUAUGGACUUUAUAGAUAGCUGCGACGUCGUAGUAUCACCCACUCACGUUGUCGAUGAUGACGUAUUUGUUAACUUGGAUGCAUUCGAUAUGCUUGGGGAGUUUCCCGAUUUGGAGAGCUUAGAUUCUGGUAAUGCCGGACUCCUAGAUGUUAAUCCGUCCGAAAAUAGAAGUAACACUAAGGCACAACCAGAACACCAACAGAGCAAUCAUCCAUUGGAAGGCUCGGCAAAAAUUACCGAUUAUUCUCCCGAGUGGGCUUAUCCUGAAGGAGGGGUCAAGGUUCUGGUUACAGGACCGUGGCAUUCUUCUGGACCAUAUACAGUACUUUUUGAUACAUUCCCUGUUCCCACUACUUUAGUUCAAAGUGGUGUGUUACGAUGUUAUUGCCCAGCCCAUGAAGCUGGUCUUGCAACUCUACAAGUAGCAUGCGAUGGCUAUGUGAUUUCCAACUCUGUGAUAUUCGAGUACAAGUUGCCACCAAGAGAAGAACAGGUGGCUGCACCUGAACCUAAAGUAGAAAGAUGCAAUGAUAAUUUACUUAAAUUUACACUACUUCAAAGACUCGAAGCUAUGGACGAUAGAUUACAGAUCAAACAAGAACCUGUCGACAACGAUGUGGUUGAAGACACAGCUCUUUUCGGGCAACCAAAUUUUGAAGAUAGGCUGGUUACCUUUUGCCAAAAUAUGACGUCGAGAAUAUGGAGACACGGCGAAGAACUUAGUGUCUCAUGGUUUGCCAGCCACAGGGGAAUGACGCUUUUACACCUUGCAGCCUCCUUGGGAUAUUCUCGUUUAGUAUGCGCCAUGUUGCACUGGCGAGCAGAAAAUUCAUCUUUAUUACUCGAAACUGAAGUCGAUGCUUUAAGUCAGGAUGAAGAUGGGUUUACGCCAUUGAUGUGGGCGUGUGCUAGAGGUCAUACAGAAACAGCUGUGAUGCUGUAUAAAUGGAAUCACAACGCACUUUACAUGAAGAAUGUAUCAAAUCAAACGGCACUUGAUUGCGCAAGAUCAACCAAUCAUAUGGAUUUAGUGAAAGAAAUAGAAAAAUUGGAGUUGAGAAGAGAUAAAGCUAAUAUGAUGCUACACUCAAAUUUAUCUUCUAUCGACACACUUUCUCCAACAUUGAUAUCACCAGCUAGUUCGAUUGGAUCUUUAAUCUCGAUUGCUUCUACCAGCAAAUCACACGAUGGAGUUUUUCUAAGACCUGGAGCAGUAACAAGGAGUGAAGUAAAUAGAUACAAGAUUCUAAACGUUGAUCUUGAUAGUGAUACCAACAACAAACUGAUAACAUCGGCUCCAAGUCCCAUGCUAUCCGAUUUUUCUUCAAGUACCAGAGGCAGUAACGGGCAAAAGUUGAUCAAGAGACCAUCGAUUGAUAGUGGAAUUAAUAUGAGCUGCGGACCAGCUGCAGAUAGUUAUAGACCUAAGAGUUCAAAAGUUUUCAAUUCGCGUGAUACUCCAAAACUUUCAAAAUUCGAUAGGAGUAUGUCCCUUCCUCUACAAACCUCGUGCUUAAAAGAUCAUUCAUUCGACAAUGAUAGUUUAGAUUCCCACAAAAAGAUGGAUUUUGCCUUAUGCGAAAUAGGGAGUGGCCCACGAAGCAGUAGUCCCCUGAUAGACGUUGAAGGUGUCUCCGAUGACGAGAACGAGAUCCCCAACAGUACUGUAGGGGAGCAAGAUGCUAGAGUUUUGACAUUAGCCGAACAAAUCAUUGCUGCAAUGCCUGAAAGAAUUAAGAACGAAAGUGAAGAAAUGAUGAUGGACAAAAGUCCAUGUGCACCAGAUAGUUUACAGGCAACUGAUACUUUAUCUGAUGUUUUCAUGGAACCAUUGUUAGAUCAAUCUUCUUCUAGUUUCGAGUCUACAGAAUUCAACUUUGAAUUUUCUGAUAAUAACUACAGAUACUACGAUGUUAGUACGCCAUGUUCAAGUUUGAGUCCAGCUUCUUCCAGUUGUUUGCAGUCACCUUGCUCCUUUACCCUUGAUUCUCCAUCACCACCACCUACCACGGCUGAUUUUUGCGAGUUCUUCCAAGCUUCGGGGUCCCUCUUUGAAAAAGAUUUCUCCAAUUUAACAUUAUCAGAUCGUGAGCAACGAGAAUUAUACGAAGCGGCUAAAAUAAUCCAGAAGGCGUACCGUUCCUACAAAGGGCGCCAACAACAAGAGCAGAACAAAGAGAGGGCUGCAGCUGUGGUGAUCCAAAACUACUACAGGCGCUACAAGCAGUACGCUUACUACAAGCAGAUGACCCACGCGGCCAUGGUGAUCCAGAAUGGCUACCGAUCAUACUGCGAACAUAAAAGGUUUAAGAAAAGCCAAGAGGCUGCCGUGUGCAUUCAAAACUAUUACCGAAAUUACAAGGAGCAGGGGGGGAGAAAUAGUAGAGAGGGGACACCUGCUACGGCGGGGUUAAAACGCACUUAUUCUCAGAGGCGUCAGCAUCAAGCUGCAAGGAAGAUUCAGCAGUUUAUGAGACAGUCAAAGAAUAAAUUACAGAGAGAACGAGCAGAAAAAGAGAAGCAGGUAGGCCAGUCAGUGGAUGUCCAUCAAAAGUCUCAGUGUCCAGGGGGCUCCUCCAAUUACAUCGGCCCAAAUAGCAGAUUAAAUAAUACAGACUUCAAAGAAGACUCAAAAAAAGGCAACGAUAAAAAGUGAGGAUCUCAUGAACAGAUUUUCUCGCAAAACCUAUUUAUAAUACCUGAAAGGUAUAUUUUUGAUUUUGUAUAAUAUAGUCGCUACUAGAAGAGGAAUAUUAAGUACUAUAUUUACUCUGAAAAUAUUCUUAUAUCUUUACAAUGUCUAAUUUGGCUGUUAUUUCGUCAUUUUUAUGCAUUUAUAUAUAAAAUGCAAGGAUCGACAACAAAAGUGAGAUGAUUUUAGACGUUGUACGAACAUUUUAUUAUCUUUUAAUCUUCUGAUUGUACGGAUUCAGAGCUGUGAUUGUAGUAAGGGAGACACUUUUCGUAACGUUCUCGCUAACUUAGAUGUUUUUAUUAUUAUUAUUAUUAUUACUGUUUUGUCAUCACAAAUUCUUUUGAAACCAGAUAUACCAGUGGUUACCUUAUUAGUAAAUUAAAUCAUUUAAAUAAGGUGUCUCACAAAGAUGUGCAUAAAUUAUUAAGUUAAUAAGGUUAAGUAUUAGUUGGCGAUAUCAUAACACCAUAGCCUAACAUUUAUUUUUAAAAAAUUCUCAUAUCAUCAUUGUUUUUCUUUCUUUUUAACUGUCCAACAUUCAGCUCUGUAUGUCAUAUCUGUCUUAUGGCUGUCUUAUAAAAUUUUCCCUUCGGCGUCAUUUUAGUUUUUCUAUCACACAACACACCACUCGUUUCCUUCCACUUUAUCCAUCCAACCCCAAAUCUAUUGCAUGCAUAUCCAUAUAUUUCUCUAUUAGGCUUUAAUACCGAUCCUAGAUACUUAAAAAUAUUACUUUUCACAAUCAUUUCACCACCUAAAGAUAUAAUUUUAUUUGUAGUAAGUCCAUCUUUAAAUGAACGUUCCAAAUACUUUGUUUUUGUCCCACUAAAUUUUAAGCUUUUUCCUCAAGAGCUUUUCUGUACUGUUUCAGUUUUUAUUGGCUUUCACUAUUUCCAACUAAAUCUACAUCAUCGGCAUACACUAAGCACCAAAGAAUAUUACCCUGUAGUUUCGUUUUUAUCUGAUCCAAAGCUAAUGAGAACAAAUAGGUACUUCACUACUAUAUUACUUUCACGUGAAAUUUAUCAGUCUCUCCCACACAUGACACUAGUUGUUAUUCGCUCAUACAUGUCUCUCACAAUUUUUAUAAUAUGUUCACCGCGUACUUCUUUAUUAUUGAGUGCCCACCACAAAAUCUCUAGAGGAACUCUAUCAGAUGCUUUCUUCAUAUCAAUGAAUACCGUAUGAGCUUUUGUUGCAUAUGACCUGCCUUGCAUAAAGUCAAACUGAUCUGAUAUUUCGGUUUCUGCACGUAUCCGUCUAUCCGUCUAAGUAGUUUUAGGGACAUUGGUGUGCAUUGUUGUAUAGCUUCCUUGUUUUUUGUAAAUAGGUAUUAAUAAACUGCUUCUUCAUUCAUCUGAUAUUUGUCCAACUUCCAUAAUUCUAUUAAAUAAACUUGUUAGCCAACUUAAACUAUUAGUCCGUGUGUCUCCUAAUAUAAUGCUUUCUAAACUUUCCCAGGAAUAUGAACUGGCCCAACUGCUUUUCCUUUCUUGACUGUUUGAAGUGCUUGAACCUCUUCCUCGUUUGUUAUUUUGGUGACCAUUGUUGCUUCGUUAACUCAACUGAUUUUGUAUCAAAUUAUUCAUUUAAUAAACUUUCAAAGCACUUUUUCCAUCUCCUUUUGACAUCCUUUUCGUGAAGCAGUAUUUUAUUAUUUUCAUCUCAGAUUUUCAUACAGAUCAUCUGAUUAAAAUAUUUUGUUUUCUUUGCCUUACUCCUUACAUACCUAUAAAAACUUCCAUCCUCUUUUAUGCAUCUUGUUACCCCUAUGGAUCUCUGGAGUCCCAUACAAAAACGACCGAGAUCGUUUGUCUAAUAUAUUCCUGCCCAUCGUCUAACUUUUUUUGUAGGUAGCACUUUUGGUAUCGGUAGGUACUUCCUUUUUUAUUUUGACUUUGUCUUGGAUUUCUUCUGUCCACUAACUUUUUCAGUUUGUUGGAUGUAUUCAUGCAUUUUUAAAUGUUCUUAGAUAAGUCCUCCGUAUAUAGAUAUAUGUUCCAGGUCAGAUAUUUAAUUUUUAAGCUUUUUUCUUCUAAGCACUUUCUUCAUAAUUCAUUUUUGUCGCUUAUUUCGAAUUCAGUGUUUUUCGCUCAUGUUCCGAUGCUGUCUAGACCUUUUUGCAAAAAAAUAUCUUUUUGGGAGAUAAGUUGCUGAUUCUUAUCCAAACCCUUAACCUGGAAGGCCAAUGAAGUUUUUUAUCAAAAUCUUCUUUAUUUAUACCAACUAUCUACCAUGACUUAAGAGGUCAGUCUUCCCUGUCUGGAUCUUUCUCCUUUUAACUUUGUGGUAUCCACUAUUGAUCAGUUUUCCCCUGUAUCCUAGGCAGGAGUUCUGAGGUGAUGCUGUGAUCUGGGCCAGAUGGUGCCUGGUUUUUUAGAGGGUUAGUACUUCUCUCUUUUUCCAGUUCUAAGACCGGCUGCAUCGGGUGCACAUCUAGUCAGUUAUCCCCACAACCCACACAACUAGUGUUUAUAGAUUGUCUUUCCCCUAAUCUUUAAACCUGUCCAACAAGGGUUACAAAUACUGUUAUCGAUAUUUUGAAGUCAAGUUUGAAGCACAUCAUUCCUGAUGGCUUUUCAUAAAACCAAACCAUAUUUAACAAGAGCUUUUGAUUAAACAAAUAUAAAGUAACUUUUGAAUUUAUUGUUAUCCGACGCCCUGAAGGGCACUAAGGAUUAUGAGAAAGAAGAAGAAGAAUUUAUUGUUAAUUUGUACACAACUUUUUGGGGCACACUCUAUCUAGUUAAUAAAAUACAAUGUUUAUAAUAAUAAAUUCUAUAUUUUCUUAGAAUUUCUGACUCUAUAGUAACAUCCAUUGUUGAUUUUUAUUGUAUCAUUUUGUCAAUUAAACAUAUUAAAAAUUACAAUGGAUAAGUCUACGUUAAAAAUCAAAAGGAGAAAUAAAAUAUUGUAAAUGUUUUGGGUUUAUACUUACUGGUUUUCAUUUUUCUCUAAAAACUCAUUCCUAUCUAUUUG